UUCAAUUUUUUAUUUUAGCACGCGAAUUUUGUUCAUUACGUUAAUCAUAAAGACUCGCAAAUUAGGGCAAUGAUCGUGCAAUCGCUGUCCGCUGUAAAUACCGCACGGGUAAACGGCGGCGCUCUUAAGUUUUUCAUUCGCCAUGGACACCGGCUGCGCGGAAAGGCUCCCGGAGUGGCAAAAACUCUCGAACAGCGGCUAGCAGAGGAACGGGCUGUCGAUCCGGAGGUGGCCCGCAAAAUUAACAUAGGAUUUCCGCAUUUGAAACCUGCCCGAUCGGACUUGCUGAAGGAGCGAUUGACGCACCUUAAGGCACAACGUGCCAACCCAGAGCUGGAGAAAGCAUCCCGCACUCAAAGCCUGGCCCUCGAUCUUAAACAAGUUAAAAAUGAUUGGCUCAAAACUAGUGGCCCGUUUCACGUGAGACGACUGGCGGAACAUUACGGAGUGUUUGAGCAUCUGUUCGGAGCGGCGUACUUUCUGCCUAGAGUGGAAUUGAAGGUUUCCUUUCCGAAUGGGGACACUGCGAGUCCGGUUUACUACGGGAAUGUGUUGAAACCGUCGGAAGCUACCCGGCAACCGGAGGUUGUAUUCGAUCCGAACUUUGACUUCCAGUCAACCGGGGCGAGUGUUAAGACCGAUUCCUGGUGGACGCUUGUUUUGACCAACCCGGAUGGUCAUUUGAGUGAUGGUGAAGCCGAAUAUUGUCACUGGUUUGUGGCCAACAUUCCCAAUGGAGACCUGUCGAAAGGGGACAAGAUUAUUCCCUAUCUGCAGCCGAUUCCACCCAAGGGUACGGGUUUUCAUCGGCAUAUAUUCGUUUUGUAUAAGCAGGAAAAGCGGUUAGACAUGAGUGAGUUUAAAAUUGAUGAGAAAAAUGUGGAUCUAGCUGCUAGGACGUUCAGAACAUUGGAUUUCUAUCGGAAAUAUCAGGAUGAUAUAACCCCUGCGGGGUUAGCCUUUUUCCAAUCCGAUUGGGACAAAAGUUUGAUAGAUUUUUAUCACAACGUUUUGAAUAUGAAACAUCCGACGUUUGAGUACGAUUUCCCUGAGCCUUAUUUGCGUGACCAGGAAUGGUUCCCGCUGCGUAAGCCGUUUAACCUGUACAUGGAUAAAUACCGAGACCCGAAGCAAGUUUCUAAAGAAUAUCUAGCGCGAAAGCUUGCCAAAACACAUCCAUUCAAUGGACCGGAACCUCCACUGCGUUUCCCCAGCGCUCAUCCUAUUCGUGACGUUCCGUCGUGGCUUCGAACGGAAAUUAAACGCGAUCGAUUAGGUUGGGGAAGAAUUAAUGAUGUGUAGACGAAGAAGCUGCCGGCAAAUGUCGGCUUGUAGUGCUGUGCGUAUUAGCGCAGUAACAUAUGAGAAAGAUAAACAAAAAAAUAUGAACAGUUAAAGCUUACGUGACUAUUUUUUUGCUAGCUACUUAGUAACAAUACAAUGAUUAGAUUGAACAGCGUUGCACAACGCAAGACGCCCAUUUAUUUCCUAU